AGCGAGCGAGCAGCAGCGCCGGCACCACCCCCUCCGCCCGGCAYCACCACCACGACCGUCAGUACUGUAGUACCGACGACGGCCCAAUCCGUUCGAUAUCAGCUGUUCCUUUGUGUAAGUGUCCGUCCGGCGGCCCCGAUGCCGAUCCGCCGCGUUCAAAACCCAAUCGUCGUCGUCGUCUCCGGCCGCGUACUACUGUCGCCGCCUCCGCUGUAAUCGCGUGCCGUCGCGAAAUACACAAAAUAAUAUAAUAUAUUACAGUAUUUCACUUAUCGCGUCCGUCCACCAAGCUGAUUCGGCGUCGUCGUUGCUUCUCGAUAACAACAACAAUAAUAUUAAUUAUAAUUGUGUUGCUAUCGUCUACCAAUACUGCCGCUGCKACCGCUAAACUGCCGUAACUAAACAAGUCCCGGCGGAACGUCAGUCGCCGGCGUUUCCGUGCGUCGUCGGCAACCGCUAAAUCCGACCGCCACGCCAUGUACGGGACGUGAAGAUCGCCAGCGAAUUUUCCGAACUUUUCGCCAAGUGCGGCCGCCAACGGUUUGCCCAGGAACAAGAGGAGUAGGAGGCUAUAUCGCAAGAUAAAUGUCAAGUAAAAGUCUGGGCUUACCUAGAUGACUUCAGAAUAUUCACCACCAAUAAGAAGGUAGCUGGCUCUCCUACAGUUCACUGUCUAUGUUUGGUGCCUGAUAGUGGAAUAAAGCAAUAUAUUGCGUGUACUUCCCAUUCAACACAAUCUUAUUGGAUGUGCGCUAUGAGAUUGUCGAAAUAUGGAAAGCAAUUAAGAGACAACUACAGAUCAUUUGUGAAAAAGCAUAACGAUGCUAAUGAAUAUGAAUACAAUAAAAAGCCAUUGCCCAACGAGAGCGUACGGUCCCACGUAGCUAUGGACUUUUCUGGAAAUGUUGGUCGAAUUGUAGAAGAUCCCAAAGAAGCACUUGCCAUUGCUCAAGCCGAGACUGGUAGUGUGCGGCGAAGUUGGCGAUCUAGUGGUCGAUCAACUCCUGGCCUUCAAACAGCUGUCACAAAACUUGAAAAUGAUAUUCACUUAUCUCAGCCAUGGUAUCAUAAAAACAUGAGCCGUGAUCAAGCUGCCAAUGUCCUUAAUGGACUUGGGAACAAAGAUGGCGUGUUUUUAAUACGAGAGAGCAAAAGUAAAUGUGGUUCAUAUGUACUAACAUUCAAAUGUGGUGGUAAAAUUAUUCAUACACCUAUUGUAACGCAAAUGGAUCCACUCAACGAUCAAGUUUGUUUUACGCUAGACAAUGGUGUGAUUAAAUUUUAUGACCUUUUACAACUAGUAGAGUUUUAUCAAUUAAAUGCAGGUAGUCUGCCCACUCGACUGAUGCAUUAUGUUGUCCAAGUCCCAGUCACCAAAUGAAAUUUGCAUUAAUACAAUGCACAGACGACAUACACAGUUCCUGUUGACACAAAAUAUUCUCAUCCAAAAGGUGUGUGACCUAUAAAAUAAUGACAUAAUUCUACAGGUAAAAUACCUAUAGUUUAGGUAUUUUAACUAUCUCGACCAUCAAAUUACUAAUUAUUUAUCUUUUUCAUUUUUCUCUUUUUCAUUUUCCAACGUACUAUAACGUUAUUGUAAAAAAAUCGACUGAAACGUUAAAACAUCUACCGUUUGCACUUUUCGGACUCAAAAAUUUUAUAUUUCUGUGUUACAAUUAGUUAUUAACGUGUAAUCCUAAUGGAUAUAAUAAUUUUGCGCGAUCAGUUCCUAGAUUAACUAGUUCGUAACAUUCAAUCAAGCACCUUUAGGACUUAUAAUUUAAUUGUAAUAUUAGAGAGAAUAAUAAUAAUAAUAAAAUCAUAAAUAAUUAUUGUCAUUUAAAAUAAUAUAAUAUUUAUAUUGUGAUAAUUUUUGUCUUGCAUUUAAGCAUGACAGACCAAAUAUUUAGCAUGUAAGUAUACCUAAUAAUAAAUGGAAAUAACAUAUUCUAUUUAACUUAUUUAACAUGGUAUUCAGUAGUCAAUGUAAAAGCAAUAAUAAUUGUUAUUAAGAACUUUUUAAGAUCCUUUAAAAAACAAAAAAAUUGAAAAGUAGUUUAUUACAUAUUAUUAUGUGUGUUUAUAAAUAUAUAUAUAAUUUAUAUUGUGUUUAUAUGUAUCUAUAGUUAGAAUGGACCAUGUUAUUUUCUCAAUAACUCAUUUAACUAACAUGAGAAAAUGGUUAGAUACCAUGGUUCACUCUGAAUACUUAAUGCAUGUUAGUAAAGCAAACAGUAUCUACCUUCUAUAAUAUAGCAUAUCAAAAUGAAUAAACAGUAAACACUGUAUACAGCUCUUGAAAUAGUAAUAAUUCAUAUUACCUCUAUGAUACCAUUUUAAUCAUAUCUGUAUGUCACACAAUUGUUUAAUCAUUUUAUAGUUUUUAAAAUAACUAUUUUAUUUUUMGUGUAUUCUUAUCAUUAUUUUUGUAAAACAUUUUGAGACAUGCAUGGUAUGGUUGGUAGAUAACUUUUAACACUUGCUGGUUAACUUUUUGUAUUGUAUUUCAUCUGAAGAGCUGUCAACGCGUUGUAUCCGUUUUACUACUCACAUUGUAACACUUUAAUAUCUAAUAUUUUAAUAUAUACCAUACAGAUAUGAUCUCAAAUUCUUCUCCUGUGGUAAUAUACUAUUUUCCUGAUUCAAGAUGUGGAUUACCGUUAGGUAUUAUUAAAUAUUUAUUUGUUUGUUUUUAAUUUAAGACACACACUUUAUCAUGAUAUAUAUAUAUAUAACUUGUAAAAUAUGAAAGCUUUCAUACAAAUAUAUUUGAAUGUAUGUGUGUUUAAUAUCUUUGUGCUGUUAUAAUUAUUAGUUUACAAAAUUCCCAGUAUUGUAAUACKACAUUUAUGCAACAACUACUAAAAAUAUAAAAACACAGAGGAUAUAAUUGUACCUAAUUAGAUGUUAUGUACAAAUAAAUAUAGUUAUUACUACAUACAUACAUGUACAUAUUGUAUUUUAGUUCUAAAUGUCUACAUUAUAUGUGUGACAUGUAUUAAUGUCAUGGGUGUGUUUGUUUUUAUGAAGUUGAUUAUAUAGUUAUGAAUUACAAG